AGCUCGACUACAAGACAACUCAUCGCUCUCAGUCUGGUUUAGUUAGUCGGAGUUUCCUGCCGUGUCUUGUCGUACCGUCACUCCUUGACGACACUAACCACGCUUAUCUGAUGGAGGGUGGAGCGGAUCCAGACUCGGAACCGUAUCAGCCCACUACGCCCAAGACACCCACCUUUCCUCAGCCCUCAGUACCGGUUGCGUCCAGCAGUCCUGUCCACUCCAUCAGCACAACGCUUGCUCCUUCAGCUGCCAUCUCGGGCAGCAUCCUGACCAGUCCCCUCCUUCACUGGGGCUGGGGGACACUUCAUGUACCCGCCAGGAAUGUACUCUCAACUGCCUCCCCAGAUACCACUACCUACUGCAUCCGGUCAAGUUGUGUCUCUAGAGACACUGUCUAAUCAGAUCUUCACUCUAUCACAGUGUGUUAUGGGACUGUCGCAGAAGGUCAGUGAUAAUCAGCGGCUAUUUGAGGAAAACAUCCGACUGAAGGAUAUUGUCAUUGAUCUGGAGUUCAAACUGAAGGACGCGAACGACCGGGUGAAAUCAAUAGACGUGUUGCGAGAAUCGAUGACAGCGCAAUUUGCGGAGUUGAACAAGAGUUUGCAGAACGGUAGCAGGCUGGAAACAAUGAUGUCUGUCCCAGAAAGCAGCCCAGAGGGGGCUGGUGUGUACGAGGAGGGUGGAGGGUACGAGUCUGUCCUCAACAUCACCAACUCUUCCGAACCCUUCCAGAGUGAUCUUCUAAUACCUGAGAAAGGUAGCACUAAUAAAAGGGAUCCAGCUGUCCUUACUGCGGUUAAGUUGUGCUUUAGACCUAUAGGCCGGCGUACGUAGGGGUUACCACCAUCAUUACAGAUUGUUAUUCGUCCGUAGCUCUCGUUGCUGUGAACCCUUCAACCGCUGCUAUGAUCAUUUUCAUCCUUAUCUCCGUGUAUCUAUCCAAUAGGAUCUUAUCGUGGUUUAUAGCACCUAAAGUAAUGAAUUAAUGAUAUAUAUACGAGGUUCCCUUCGAAAAAACAUGUUUCACUUUUUCUUUGUUGUCUGGAAGUAGUCGUUGCUGUACGCUAAGUGGUCAUAUCUCCUUGUACAAACGUCUACGUUGCUCUGUGCUCAUGUAUCAUGUAUAAGCACAUUUUGCUACAAUCUCACCUGACAUAUGAUAUUACCAUAUAAUAUACCGAGUUCCACCUUUUAAUACACAAGACAUAUUACCCAUGUCUAAAGUAGGAUACAAUAUAACUUAUACCAUGUUCAAGUUUUCUACAACUCCCCAUUCCUCAGGUACCCUGAAUCUACAGAACAGAGAGAUGACUGUAAUCCCAGACGAUGUGUACAAACUUAACGAUCCUGAAUUGCUCCAGAACCUAGUGGGGUCUGAUGAUGAUCUGAAGUGGUGGGAAACUGAACCCAUCGCUAAACUUUAUCUCUGCAGCAACAAAAUCAGUAUGAUAACGCCAGCGAUAGCAGGACUCAAUUCUCUAACACUGCUAGAUUUGAGAGAUAACCAAAUAGAGAGUGUUCCUGAUGAGCUGUCUCAACUAGAAGUGUUAGUUAGACUAGAGUUAUCCCACAACAAGUUAACAUCUCUACCUAACACCCUGGGUCAAGCUCUCCAGCACAUCUCUCUGAAUAACAACAACUUUGAGGUCAUGCCCCCUGCUAUUAGUGGUCUUAGGGCGCUUCAGACUCUAGAUAUGAGAGAGAACAGGUUGACAGGACUAGGAGAGCUCCCCUGCUGUCUACAGUCCCUUGUAGUAGACGACAACAAGCUAACAACACUACAUCUGGAGAACCACCAGAGUCUGACUGCAGUUACUGCUACUAACAACGUUAUAACUAGUUGUCGAGUUGGUAACCUCCCCCUGCUCAAGGUGUUAUCAGUACGAGUCAACAAGAUAGAGUUCCUAGAGCCCAUUAUAAACUGUCCUGUGUUGGGUGAGAUACUAGUGGGUAAGAACCUGAUCAAUAACCUGGACUUUGUGGUAUCCUGUGCAGAUACACUCACUGUUCUUGACUGUAGUGAUAACAAGAUAUCAGUUCUGCCUGAAAGUAUUAUCUCCAUGUCCAAACUAAAGAGACUGGAUGUGAGUAACAAUGACUUGAACAACUUGCCUCCACAAUUGGCUCUGAUGGACGACCUCAACUCUCUAGCGGUUGAGGGUAACCCUCUGAGGGCCAUCAGGAGGGAGAUUAUAGCCAAGGGAACUGUAGCUAUCAAGGAGUACCUCCAGUUGAAGUUAUCCCCCGAGGAUGUGGAAGUAUCAGGUCCCACAAUCCCAGACAUCCAACCAGACGAGAUCAUGCUGCAGACAAAAACCCUGGAAGUAGACAGAAAGACAACCUUUUCUGACGAAUUAUGGGAUCAAGCCCUUGUGUGCGGAAUCGUGAGGUUAUCAAUGCAGCACUGUGGUCUGACUGUGAUACCUGAACAAGUGGUGAACUUGAGGGGGUGUCUGCAGGAGCUGGAGUUAGGGUCUAAUAACUUACAUCAGCUGCCUCCUGAGAUUGGGAAACUGGUGAAGCUGAGGAAACUUAACCUCCUUAACAACAACCUCAAGGAGCUACCUGCUGAAUGCAGUUCGCUUGUAGCUCUAGAAGACCUGAAUCUGGGCCAAAACAAGUUUGAGGAGAUUCCCGAGUGUCUCUAUAGUUUUCCUGCUGUGUGUAACCUUAUCAUCUCUAACAAUCAGAUUAAGUCUGUCGAGCCGGCUAAAUUGAGGACGAUGACAUCCCUAGUUUGUUUAGAUCUGGAGAACAACAACCUUGGCAGACUGCCACCAGAGUUGUCUCUUAUUCCUAACCUCCGAACUUUGCUUGUCUUGGGUAACAGGUUCAAGAUUCCCCGCGCUGAUGUGCUAGCGAAGGGAAGUGCCGAAGUCCUUGCUUGGCUCAAAAACAAGGUCCCACAAUCUUGAUGAACGUUAAGGAUGGAAUAUUUGAGAUCCCCGAUCUAUGACAGUUUCGUGUUUUUAAUUUUAAAUGUAGAUACUUUUGUAUGUAAGUUACUAAGUUUAUUCCUUAAGCUGUCAAGGGAUUGUUAUCAAGUUAUCUCAAUAUUUUGUGGUUUCACUAGUUGGUUAUGAAAUAAUUAGAUUAGCUAAUUGAAGGUAAAUUGUGUUAUUUUGUUGUUAUUUAUUUUUUAAUAAGGCAACUUUCAUUGCAUCAAAAACCAUCUCUUUAUAUUACUUAUGCUACCAUUUAUUUUUAUUCUUCGGGAAUUUUUGUGGACUUUCUGUUCUAUUUAAUUUCGGUUAUUGAUUCCAUUUCUAA